AUACGGUAAGGAAGACUCUUGCGCAUGCUCUGAAAGAGUACAUAACUUUUUGAUCAAAGAAACCGACUGAGAUCAUCUCAAACAUGAAUGGAGUAUGUUAGCGAGAAUGUAGGAAAAUAUCUGACGGACAAAUGAAGAGGUAUACGGCUGAUCAAGUACUGGAGGUGUUGAUGGACUCAGAGUCCGAUCGCUCCUUAUUUGAUCAUUCUGAAUCUGAUCAGGACGAAGUAGUCAGUGAGACAGAUGCACAUGUCGUCACAGAAAGUUCUAGUCAUGGACGAGCAGCAGAUAGUUUGUUCACCCAUCGAUCUGGACGAAGACAUAGUUCACCUGUGUGUCGAAGAGUGGACAGUGACAGUUCAGACAGUGAUACUUCGGACAGUGAGUGGACACAGUCAAGGCCAAGAUCUCAGUCGUCUUUCCCAGGUGGCAGAACGUGUAGAGGUAGAACACAGCGAGGCAGAGGCCGGAUGCGUCAAGUACAUCGACAUGGUGCUGCUGGUGAUCAAACAAGGUCCACUGUGAACCAUCCAGCUGAAGAUACUGAACCUGAUGAUUCUGAGUGGCAUGAAAUUAACUGGCAGCCAAAAAACAUUCCCUUCACUGAGAAUCCUGGGCCUAUCGGUGAUGCUGCUGCUCUUGAGUCAGAACAACCUGUAGACUUUACCGAGUUGUUCAUUUCUGAUGCACUGAUUCAGAACAUUAUUGAUCAGACAAACCUGUAUGCAGAUCAGUGUAUUCAGGCUAUGGAUGACACUUCAAAACAUGCUAGAUGUCAUGCAUGGAAGCCAGUCACAGUUUCAGAAAUGAAAACUUUCAUGGGCCUCCUUUUUCUCACUGGUAUCAUUCAUAAGCCUGAACUUGAAAUGUACUGGUGUACAGAUGACAUGUUAGCUACCCCCUACUUCAACAAGGUCAUGCCUCGCAACAGGUUUGAAAUCAUAUGGAGAUUUCUUCACUUCAGUGAUAAUACAACAAGGCCAGACAAUUGUACUGACAGGCUGUACAAAAUCCGCCCUGUCUUGGAUCACCUUGUGUCCAAAUUCCGCAAAUUGUAUCAGCCCAAGUCAAACAUUUGCAUUGAUGAGGGGUUGUUUCUGUAGCGUGGGUGCCUAGCUUUCAGGGUCUACAAUCCCCAGGAACCCAUCAAAUAUGGAGUAAAAUCCUACAUCUUGUGCGAUUCUGAUACAGGCUACUGUUUUAACAUGAAGCCCUAUUGUGGGGAAAGCGCUACCCUGGGAGACACGGUUGUCUCUCUUCUUGAUCGCCUAGCAGGUCAUGGUUACAGAUUGUUUAUGGACAACCUAUACAACUCUGUACGACUGUGUGAGCGCCUACUUGAUGUGAAAACCCAUGUAUGUGGGACAAUUAGAAAAAACAGAGGUGAACCGCCGGUCAUUCGAGAUGUCAGAAAUGCUGACCUUAGGAUUGGGGAAACAAUCAUGCGUCACAACGAAAAUGUGAUGGUCUUGGCAUGGAGAGACAAACAAACAGUGAAAAUGGUUACAACAUUCCAUCAGAACAACAUAGAACGUGUUGAGGUAUGGCAGAGAGGCCACCAAUAAAAAGUUGCAAAGCAAAAACCAGCAUGCAUUGUGGAAUACAAUCAUGAAAUGAAUGGUGUUGACAAACUAGACCAAAACAUUGUGUACUACCCAUUUAUCAGGAAGUCACACAAGUGGACAAAGAAAUUUGUCAUGUACCUGUUUCAGAUCAGUUAGUUCAACGCUUUUGUCAUUUACAAAGCGAAAAACCCACAGGGUAAUUGUAACACUCUUCUCUCAUUCAUCCAGAGUGUUAUAAAAUCAUGGACCAGCCAAGAGUAUGCUAGUGGUGGGGAGAAAAGUGCUACUGAAAACACUCCAAGAGCACCAUACAACACUGACCCAAAAAACAGGCUGAAUGUCAGUUUUGCUGUUCAUGAACUUGUUCCAAUCCUGCCCACUCCCAAAAAGCAACACCCAACCAGAGGAUGCAGAGUUUGUGUACGUAAGGGGUUGCGGAAGGAGACCUCGUUCUACUGCAAAAGUUGUGGCGUCCCCUUACAUCCUGGGAAAUGUUACUCUGUGUACCACUCAAAAGCAAAUUACAAUGCCUAAAUUUUAUAUAUUUUAGAUUUAUGUUUAAUUGUAAUAUAUUUUGGAAGGUUUUAUAUAUGA